AUGGAGGCGCUGGUGCGUGCGUCGUUCGCCGGGCACGUGGCGGCGAUCCGGGACUUGGAGCGCAGAGAGGACGAUGCGCUCCGCGUCAAACACUCCGCGGAGCUGGAGCGGCUUCGCGAGCGCGUGUGCGUCGCCGCGCUCGGGGUCAGAGGCGCGGACGAGGUAUCCGCCAAGGUCCACGCGCUGAACCACCUCGUGAAGAUCAAGAUGGCCACCGGCGAGUACGCCGCGGCGUGGGACGCGCGCAACGCCGCCAACAAGCUGCGCGAGAUGGAACGCGUCGACGCGGAGAAUCGGCACCUCGACGCCCCGGGCGCGACGCUCGCGACGGCCCAGCUGCUCGCGCGACACGACCAGGAGGCAAGGGACCUGCUCGCGGAGCAGCGCGUGCGCGCGGCGAGGCUCGAGCGCGAGAUUCAAACCGAGAUCGAGCGACGCGGAGGACCCUGCGGCGGGGACACCAACCCCGCCGCGGCUGUCGGUGGGGCGACGAUGGGGAGGUGGCUCGACGUUCGCGACGCGCGCACGGAACACCAGACGCGAUGGACGCAAAGGGAAAACGCGCGGAUAGCGCCGGGGAUACUACCGACGCCCGCGCCGCCGCCGCCGCCGCGGCCCUCCGCCGCGCCGCCGGCCUCCGUCGCCGCCGCGCCGGCCCCUCCGCGCGCUCCCCCGCGUAGGCCCAGCGCGGUCGCCGCCUUCCUCGUCGCGGCGGGGGACGCGACGCCCUUCGAGGCGUCGUACGCCGGGGUUCCGACGACGCUCGGCGCGGGGGCGUCCAUGGCGCUGACGCUCUCGGCGUACGCGCGCGACGCGGCGACGUUCGAGACCGAGUCAGGGGUUGAGACUUUCGCAUCCGCAUCCGCAUCCGCGUCCGCCGCGGACAAGACCGAGACCGGCGUCGAGAUCCCCGGCCCCGCACGAACCGCGGAGGAGACGCCCCGACCACAUUCGCCCCGACCACAUUCGCCCACGCGUUCGGUGGACCGCGAGGAGUACGUCUUCGGGCGUCGGCGGACGUGGACCCGCGCGCCCGAGGCUCCGGAAAAUCACCGGGGAACCCCGCGAGCGUCCAAGCUCCCGCCGCGUUCAUCCUUACCCCCGUCGCUCGUCUCUUACCGUGCUGACGUCGACGCACGCACCGGGAAUAAAGCGGGAACGAUGAAGGAUCCCGACCACCACCCGAGGGCGGGGCGACGUCCCGCCGUGCACGUCCCGCCGCUCGACUUUCGCGAGGUCCUUCGCGACGCGGAGCAAAGGAGUCGGACGCACGCCAGGGUCCGCGACCCCGCCACCCGCGCGGCGGCGGUUCGAGGGUACGGCGAGUACGUCGACGGGUCGGCUGGUCGUUUCGCGUCGAAAGAAGCCGGGGGUAAGGACGCGCGCGGCGGCAAGGGAGCGCGGAGGGGUUUCACCACGGGCCACGACGAGCCCGCGCGGGGUUCGGACCUCGAGGGUCGGGUCGGCGGCGGGGUCGGUGGCGGGACGGAUGGCUCGAGAUUCCUCCGAGCCGGCGAGGCGGAGGGGGACGGCUGCGCCCCGUCGGAGCACUCGAGCGAUUUGUCCUCCGACGAUGUGUCCUCCGACGAUGUGUCCGACGGGAUUGGCGCGGGGGAUGCCGAGGUGUGGAGCGCUACGCCCGAGCGGCUGCGCGAGGCGCUGACGGAUCCGGGCGGCAGGAGCGGCGCGAGAGGGGAGCUCAGGGCGGCGGCGCGGCGGGGGGGGGGACCGGUGCUGGACGUCGCGGUGGCGCGCGUUUUCCGGGGCGCCGCGGCGGCGGAGGAAGCGCGCGAGGCGGCGGAUGGCAAGGAGAACGUGGAGGACGGCGACGGCGGCGGCGGCGGCGGGGGGGGGGGGGAGGGAGCAAAGUCGGCGGCGGCGAAGGGGCGCGCGCCGACGGGGUUGUUUUUCCGUGAGAGGCGGGGUCCGAGGGCGCACGGCGCGUCGCUGCCGUCCAACACCGCGGGUCACACCGCGACGCGCGUGCGGACGUGA